CGAUUCGAGGGUGCUGUCUCCAUUCCGCGGGCGUGCAAUGUUUGCUUCUCAGUCAUCUUUAUUAUUAGGAAAUGUCCAUAUUUGUUCUUUAAAGCUAAUAAUUGACUGUAGCAUAACGGCUACAAAGUCCAUUGGUCAAUUCGAUUUAUCGGCAAUUAGCAGCAGGCAACGAAAGUUAGGCGAGUCAAGUCUUUUAGCACCACUUUCCACUGGACAGCGCUCGAGCGGCUUUGGAAUCGAGACAGCAAACGCAUGGAUUUCUUUGGGAUAUUUCAAACGAUGGAGGAAGGAGUUUUUUGGAAGUGAGGUGGAGGACAUUCUUCAAGUGGCCUAAUCUACACCAUAUUACCAACAGGAACAACAUUUUCCUUUAUUCUCACAUCAACAUGUUUGUGCAUUGGAUAUGGGUCAGUUCACACCGAGAAGAUUCUGCCAGAGAAGGAUAAAGGGGAAUUCACUCAGCAGCCCAGAGACCUGAGCCGAGCGGCCUGAAACCACCAAGGGAAGGAGAGAGAUUAAAAACUGAUUGAGGUUGGAGGGAGAAAGCGAGAAAAUAGUUUAUAAUUCACCUUUGUUCUUCUUAAUGCCCCCUGUGAGGUAUCAUCCAUAGGCAGGGUGGUGAGUAACAGUGGGCAGAGGAGUACAGUGGGCAGAGGAGUGCCCACCACGUUGGUCAGACCAUGGAGUGAGGAGGAAAGAAGGAGAUGCAUAUAUAAGAAAGGAAGAGGAUAUAUCCUUUGAAGAGCCAUCUAAAUUCAUGCUCCUAUUAUAAUUGAGUGCUUCUAAGAGCAAAGCAACAUGAGAGGACGCCUGUUCUGUGCCCACUGCUUCAAGAGGUAUUAUUAAGAUUAACCCUCUGGAUAUAGAGUAGACUAGUGUUCUUUGUGUUCCUGAUUCCGCUGGGUUCUAGAGUGUGUCUGGGCUGUGGUCAUGGUGUCUCAGCCCCAGGGAUGUGCUCUGCAUCGGACUGGCAGGAUCUGUCACAGAGGCAGCCUGAUCAGGCUCUUACUCCUCCUCUACUGCUCUCUCACGGCCGCCCAAGCUGCUAAACCCAAAGUCUCGAGCGGCGCACACCUCAACUCCAUCCGCAUAGACGGGGAUAUCUCCCUGGGAGGCCUGUUCCCCGUGCACUCCAGGGGCAACGAAGGCAAGGCCUGCGGGGAGCUGAAGAAGGAGAAGGGGAUCCAUCGUCUGGAGGCCAUGCUGUUCGCCCUGGACCGUAUCAACAACGACCAUUCCCUGCUUCCCAACAUCACGCUGGGGGCGCGCAUCCUGGACACGUGUUCCCGGGAUACCCACGCCCUGGAGCAGUCGCUCACCUUCGUCCAGGCCCUCAUCGAGAAGGAUGGGACAGACGUCAAGUGUCUGGGCGGGGGGGCACCCAUCAUCACCAAGCCUGAGAGGGUGGUGGGAGUCAUCGGAGCCUCGUCCAGCUCUGUGUCCAUCAUGGUGGCCAAUAUACUGCGGCUCUUCAAGAUCCCCCAGGUGAGUUAUGCCUCCACGGCCCCGGAGCUGAGCGACAACACACGUUAUGACUUUUUCUCGCGCGUGGUGCCCCCAGACACCUACCAGGCACAGGCCAUGGUGGAUAUUGUCAAGGCCAUGCGCUGGAACUUCAUCUCCACUGUGGCGUCGGAGGGGAAUUAUGGAGAGAGCGGCGUGGAUGCCUUCAUACAGAAGUCUCGAGAGGACGGAGGUGUGUGUAUCUCUCAGUCGGUCAAGAUUCCCCGUGAGCCAAAACCGGGAGAGUUUGGCAAGGUCAUCCGCCGACUAAGAGAAAACCCAAAUGCAAGGGUGGUCAUCAUUUUCGCCAAUGAGGAUGAUAUUAGGCGGCUACUCCAAGCAGCCAAGAAGGCCAACCAGACUGGCCAUUUCAUCUGGGUGGGCUCAGACAGCUGGGGCUCAAAGAUAUCGCCAGUGUUACACCAAGAAGAGAUGGCAGAGGGAGCUGUCACCAUCCUGCCCAAACGCCAGUCCAUCAGAGGGUUUGAUCGUUACUUCAUCAGCCGCACACUGGAGAACAACAGGAGAAAUAUCUGGUUUGCUGAGUUCUGGGAGAACAACUUCGCCUGCAAGCUGAGCCGACACGCUUUGAAGAAAGGGUCCGGGCUGAAGAAAUGCACAAAUCAGGAGCGGAUAGGGAAGGACUCCAACUACGAGCAAGAGGGGAAGGUGCAGUUUGUGAUCGAUGCAGUCUAUUCCAUGGCCCACGCGCUGCACAACAUGCACAGGGAGCUCUGUCCAGGGAAGGUGGGCCUUUGCUCCAGGAUGGACCCCAUCAACGGCACUCUGCUGCUCAAACACAUCCGGAUGCUUAACUUUGCAGGCAUUGCUGGCAACCCAGUGCUCUUCAAUGAGAAUGGAGAUGCCCCUGGUCGCUAUGAGAUUUUCCAGUACCAGAUCAGAAACCGAACAGCUGAAUACAAAAUCAUCGGGCACUGGACCGACCAGCUCUAUCUGAAUAUCCGAGCAAUGCACUGGCCAGGUGGAGGUCGACAGAUCCCUUACUCCAUCUGCAGCAACCCAUGCCAGGCCGGAGAACGCAAGAAGAUAGUAAAGGGCAUCCCUUGCUGCUGGCACUGCGAGCGUUGCGACGGCUACCAGUACCAAGCAGACACCUACAGCUGCAAGAUGUGCCGCUUUGACCUGCGUCCCAAUGAGAACCACACGGCCUGCCGUCCCAUCCCCGUCGUCAUGCUGGAGUGGAGCUCCCCCUGGGCCGUCAUCCCUGUCCUCAUCUCCGUGGUGGGCAUCAUGGCCACCCUGUUCGUGGUGGUCACCUUUAUCCGCUACAACGACACGCCCAUCGUCAAGGCGUCAGGCCGCGAGCUCAGCUACGUUCUACUGACAGGUAUCUUCAUGUGCUACGCCACCACUUUCCUCAUGAUAUCUGCCCCUGAUGUGGGCAUCUGCUCCCUCAGACGGAUCUUCCUGGGUCUGGGGAUGAGUAUCAGCUACGCAGCCCUGCUCACCAAGACUAACCGCAUCUACCGCAUCUUCGAGCAGGGAUCCAUGUCGGUGAGCGCCCCUAGGUUCAUCUCUCCAGCCUCCCAGCUGGUCAUCACCUUCAGCCUGACUUCGGUGCAGCUACUGGGGGUGUGUAUCUGGUUCGGUGUGGACCCGUCUCAGGCCAUCAUCGACUACGAGGACCAGCGCAUGGCCAAUCCGGACAUGGCCCGUGGUGUGCUCAAAUGUGACAUCUCUGACCUUUCUCUGAUCUGCCUGCUUGGCUACAGCAUGCUGCUCAUGGUCACCUGCACGGUGUACGCCAUCAAGACCCGGGGGGUGCCGGAGGCCUUCAACGAGGCCAAGCCCAUCGGCUUCACCAUGUACACCACCUGUAUCAUCUGGCUGGCCUUCAUCCCAAUCUUCUUUGGUACCUCCCAGUCCACAGAGAAGAUGUACAUCCAGACAACCACGCUGACCAUUUCAGUGAGCCUGAGUGCGUCUGUCUCUCUGGGGAUGCUGUACAUGCCCAAGGUCUACGUGAUCCUCAGGCACCCGGAGCAGAACGUGCCCAAACGCACACGCAGCCUCAAGGCCGUGGUCACAGCUGCCACCAUGUCCAACAAGUUCAACCCCAAGACCAGCCUACGUCCCAACGGAGAAGCCAAGUCCGAGUUGUGUGAGAGCCUGGAAACACAAGCUUUCGCCACAAAACAAACAUACAUCAGCUACAGCAACCAUGCAAUCUAGGAGAGGAAGGCCAUCGUCAUUGUUCAGUAUGGUCACCUCGUGGCAGGUGAAACUUUUCUUAUGCAGUGGAAAUGGGGGGAAAAUAGAGCAAGAAAAUGGACAUGGGACAUUUUGUGAGGAUCACUAAAGUAUUUCCUAGGGAAUAGUCAUCGUAAAGGACAGAGAAAAUACAAACAGAGAUGCAGGAAGGGACCCUCAGGGGACCCCAACAGAACAAAUACAGUAUAAUUGUGAUGUUCCAUCUUGUGUCGGCCAUGGCAGACAAGACAAACACUUCCCUCCUGGUCCAGAGGCCAGAGUCCGGAGAUGACAUCAUGCAGGAUGGGGCUUCUAAUCCCUUCUCGUUGUUUACAUUGCUGCGUUACCUUCUCUCUCUCUAUGACUUAUCUUCUCAAGCUGACAAUUGAAAGAAUCUGUUUAGGUGUGUGCGAUGCAAUGUUGUAGUCUGCCAGUGUUGUCAUCAGUAAGUUACAUUGCUCUCAAUGCUUCAGGAAGUUACAGAGCCACCAGUUUAUGAGUGGUCAGUCCUUAAAUGUCUAGGAGGACUUUAAGUAAUGUAAUUGUUAAAAAAUAUAUUUCUGAAAGUAUUCCAGUUUUUAGAAAAAGACUGGAUGGAAAACAUCAUUCCAACAAUGCAGGAUAAUUGUAUGCCAUCAUAAAAAAUUCUAAUGAUGUUGACAACAAAAAAUAUGGUCAUUACUGAUUUUAAGCAUGCCCGUUUGAACAUCCUGUGUUGUGUUGUUAAAAAAAAUAUUUAGAAUGCGUUCAAACUAUGUUGCAGUGUCAUUCCCAUUGUUUGGGCCUGAGCCUAUUGUAUGUAAUCUCCAAACUGAUGAAGGUCUAGUGACUGAUCUUUGUUUUGUUGUGCUAAAGUGAGGCCCUGAUCUGUAUUACCAGCUAUCCAAAGGCUGCCACUGCCCUCUGCCCACUACGUCCGUGUUUUAAUACAGUAACUCCAGAUUAAAACGAAGAGCCUGAAAGAGGCCCUACAGUGAAAUACCAUAGCUGACCCCCAUCCAUUUCCACCAGCUAUCCUCCUGGUCACACAUAAAGGUUUUCAUUGAUUGAUAUGAUUUAUUUAAGCGUCAUACACCUACCGGUGCCCAGCCCACAUGGGAUAACAAGACACUACUAAAUACAAUUUUCCUUUUACUCAAGGUACAGCUAAGUUGUACAGAUCAUAAAAAUUAAGAUAAAGUUGCCACAGUAUUCAUUCACCCAAGAUGAUAUCCAUAACGAGACUAAUUCAUAACACAAAAUGUUGUCUCUGAGGACUGUCAUGUUCUGUAAAAUGCUUCAGGGAUAUGCUAUGUUACUAUAUGACUGAUGCCUCAAGCUGCAGAAAAGAACCUACUCAAGACAAAAUGCAAAAGGUUCCAGUACUCAUUUCAGUCGCCUUCAGCUCUCUGAAUAAAUACAAUAUAUUACCAAAAGUAUGUGGACACCUGAUCGUCAAACAUCUCAUUCCAAAAUCAUGGGC